AUGGCGGCGUGCAGGGCGCUCGUGAGUCGCGCUGUAUUACCUCUGCAUUUCCAUAAUGUUUGCAGAGGAGUUAUGCUCACACAUAUCAGAGAGAAGAAGAGAUGGAUGAAGGCUUACACGCUCAUCAUGGAGAGGAAGAGAAAGAUGGAGGGACCUCCACCUCCAAAGCAGCGCUCCCAGCAGCCAAACUUUGAUUAUAAUGCUGAAGUGGAGGCUUUCAGCGCCCGACUGCAGGAGAGUUUCUCUAUGGAGCUUCUGAAGACGGCGUUUGUGAACACGUGUUACCUGCGAUCUGAGGAGGAGAGGAGACUAGCACUGGGCCUUGAUUUAGAGACGACCGCCCUCAACCUGAAAGACAACGGCGAGCUGUGUGUGCACGGUCAACAGUUCACAAAGGGUUUCCUCAAUGACUGGUGCAGGGGCAGCUUUCCCAGCCUCCCAGAGGAGGGUGUGGCAGCCGUCGUAGGCCACCUGACAGGGUCGGAGGUCAUGUGUCACGUCGCACGGAACCUCGCAUUGGAGGAUUUGACGAUGAGUGCAGAGUUUCCUGUUCCAGAUGAAACCCUGCAAGGAACAUUCUUCGCUGUGAUUGGUGCUCUGGAGCAGAGCAGCGGUCCUGUGCGAGCCGGGCUUUUCAUUAGAGAUUUCCUGGUGAGUCAACUAAUAGGGAAAGAUCUGUUUGACAUGUGGAAAGUGGUUGAUCCCAUGGGGCUGCUGGUUAAAGAACUGACCCGUAAAGGUAUAGGUCUACCCGAGCCCCGUCUCAUCCGGUCUGCUGGCGCCAGUACUGUCCUCCCUCUCUAUUUCAUCGGGCUUUACAGUGAGUGUAAGCUGCUGGCUCAGGGUCCAGGCGAGACUGUCCUAGCAGCCGAAGAGGAGGCAGCGCGCGUGGCUCUGAGGAAACUGUACGGCUUCACUGAGAACCGCAGACCGUGGGACUUCACUGCCCCCGGCGAGAAGCUUCAGAAGCCCAGCGUGCAGGCUCUCACCAGCGGAUAACUGACAGACUUCAGAGCUCAAUGUGAUGUACUGUGGCUUGAAGAGCAGAUUCCAGUGGGACACUUUUUGAACAGCCAAAAUAUGUACAUAUUCAUUAUCAUCUGCUUAUUUACGUUGAAAUUUGAUUUCAAUUGCUGAAAUGUGUCUGUCGGGUCACUUGAGUCCAAUUUAAUAUCCCUGAAAUAAGACUGAAACUCUUUAUGUACCAGUUACUAUGAUAAUUAAAAACAUCAUAUACAUCUAUCUGCAUGUGCACGCUCUUUAGAUAUUAUUUCAUUUAUUUCUGCAUAUUGAUGAUGUGUAUAAAUGGUAAGCUUCGUUGCUUAUCAAAGUUCUGAACACAAUGUUCCAUUUGAAGUGUUCCGUCUGAAUAGAACUUUUUGUGUUGUCAUGGA